UGGUCUCAGGAGUCUCAAGUGUGGCAAACAGGUUCCAGCAUUUGUAUUUACGUCUGAGUAACUUACGAAUCUCUUGAUUUAUCCAAGGAGGGCACUGUUUCCGACCCUUUGGGACAGACCAAGGAAAUUCGUAACAUCUAUGGCCUGGAAAAUUAUACCACAGAAAUAUUGCUUGAUUCAUCUGUCUUAGUUUCCUAAAAGUUUCUCCCCAUCAAAUUCAUUCAUUCUCUCAGUUCAAUCUUUUCCUCUCAAAAAUUGUAAUUUUUAGUCUUCUGUGCUCAUAACUAUAAAAGACUUCAUAAAAAGCUUACCAGUUGUCGUUGGUAAGUUAUUAGCUUAUCUCUUGGUUAUCCUGGAAAUUAUCAAGCAUUUAUCUGAGGAGUAUGUCUGUUUGGAGUUUAAAACAAAUGUAAUGUUAAAGUUUGGAAUUUAAAUGUUUGAAAGGUUACUGUUUUUGUAGUGGUUGGUCUGGGAGCAGUUUGAGACUUGUUUAUGGAUGCAUCCCAUAGUACACUCAUGGAUCUUAAGUUUUCAGUUUGCUGCAAUGUUAACACAAAGCAUAAUUUAUUGAAAUAAUAAGUGAACUACUAUUUCUACAAAAAUACUGUCAACUAACUCCAUUCUUGGUCAGAUUCGUAAUAACUACCAAAAGAAUAAUUCUAUUUAACUUUGAUGCUCAUAUAGUCUGGCUUAUGGAUAUAAAAAGGUGGUCAUAAAUCAUACUAAGAAUUCAGAACGUAGGUAAAAGCCUUGAAUAGUCAUCAUUUUUCAAGUGAGUUAAGAUGCUAGAACUGCUUACCGCCGAACAUCUGAGUAGAAAAUUACUACCGUGUUGGCGUAUUACCUAAAUGGAUUGUGUCUUUUCUGAUGUUAGGUAUGCGAGAAUCCUGCAAUUUUAUUUGUCACUAAAAUGUUGCUUUAAAGCUCUUCAAAUGUCUUCUAAGUUCACAUUAUUAUCCGAGGCAUUGGUUGAACCUAUCGACACCAUCCAUGUCUGUCUACAACAUGUAUUUAAAUUAUUUUCUUUCUCUUUUCCCUUAAUGUUAAACCCUUAAACAUAAAAUAACCAUUGGUGAGAAAUAAAAUGUGGUAAUUUAAAGUAUCUGCAGGGUUUAAUCAUGCAGUUUAACUUAGCAAACAUUUACUGACACAGAAUGGAAUAUGCCAUUUGCAUAUAGUGUCUUGAUGACAUUAAACCAAAAAUACUGGUACAGAUGGCGUGCAUCUGUAGUUGAUUGUGUCCUAGAAUGUGAUAAUUGUAGGAAAAAAACUUCCAAUAAGUUUAAGUUAGUUCAUCGACAAACCUCAUAUUUAUUCAUUUCAACCCCAUGCGAAUUUUGAUAGGGAUGUCACCAGUGAAGUUCAUCCAUUUAUUUAACAAGAAUUUAUGUGUGCCUAUUUUUGUUUUCUCAGCGAUAACAUCUAAACCGAAAAGCACAUUCAGACCUACGAAACGCUUACAGAAAUGAAGCAUUUGGAAAAUGGUAAUAGAAGUUUCCCUCUGGCAAAAAUGACGUAUUCAAAUGACAAACAAAUGACUCCGAACAAUGAAGAUGACGAUGAUGACAAUUACUAUAAAAAAAUUCUUGACGACCUUUGGGGUCAAGAAACAGCUGAUUACUUUUGUCAUCCCAAUUUCCAAAAAUCUUCUAGUAUCAAAUCAAUUGAUAAGGACUUAUUAACAUCAAAUGAUAAUGAAAAAGGUGAACGUUUAUUACUCGGUGGUUAUCCAAAUGGAAUGCUACGUGGAGCCCGUAUACCGUUUCGUUCAGAUAUUAAAUCAUGGUUAUUUGAUUUACAAAAUAAUGAAAGACUGCUAAGUGACAAGUCAAUUUCAUCAAAACGACGUCUGUCAACAUUUUUCAAUAAUAAUUAUAAUAAGCACCGUAAAUCAAGAGCAAAUAGUGUCUUUAAUAUAAUUGACUUAUUGAAAUUACAUUUGGGUGAGAAUCCUGGAGCUCAACAACUUUGGAAUUUAUUAAGAUGUAAAUCAUAUGAACAGUUAACAGAUUUUGAGAAACAACUGACUAAAGAAGAACAGUUCACAUAUGCUGCAUUUACUCAUGAGUACAUGUCACUGGAAAACAAAAAGCCACCUUUAUGUGACUUCAUUCGUGAAAAUCCUUCCAGUUCAUUAUCAAAUGUAUUGAAAAAUUUAAAAGCCCCUCAUUUGGAAAAGAAACUACGUAAAGUCAAUCUAGCUGCCUCAUGGGCUAAAAGAAACCAAGAUCAAUUUCGAAUUUUAUCAUUUCAACAAGAUUUAAAAGAUGCAAUUAAAACAAUUGAAGACAAUAAUUUUUCUUCAUCAUUAAAAGGCCAACAGGUGGAGAAUUUGAAUUUGAAAGCUAAAAUUAAUAGACAAAAAGCAAAUGAACUAGUGUCAUUAUGUCCGUCAUUAAAAAAUAAACAGUAUGCUUCAUUUAUUGAUAGUGAUCUUCAACCAUUGGAGAAUUACUUUCCAGAGUAUUCUAAGGCACGAAGUCCUGUUAAAGAUGAAGAAAAACCUCUGAGGUUAAAAAGGGAAGAAAAGUUACCUGGUAUAUCAUUUUGGAGUUCAGUUCAACCUACUGCUUUACAGCAGUCAAAUGAACAGGAAAGCUUACAACCGAUAAUAAAACCUACAAAACACCGUAGCAAAUACAAUAAAUCAAAUGUUCACUCAAAGAAUUCUUCAAGUGACAAUAAAUUACAGCCUCUAUGUUGGUCUGAUGUGAUUGCACAAAUGCACCAAAAUUAUUCCGAAGAGGCUUUACUGACACCAUCAAGUAAUGGCUCUGUCGAUGGGUCUAAUACAUCUCAUUGUUUUGUCAAGAAAACAUUAUGGAAGCCAGGAAAAGCCAUUGCAUCUUAAUUUUCAGAAAAAAGACUACAUUUUAUUGCAGUAAAUUUUGCCAUCUUUUAUUUGUGUGUUUAUAUUUCAAAAUCACUGCAACAUUGAUUAAUUAAUUAUACAUU